AUGGAGGAGUCUGCAGCAGCCGCCAAGGCAGCCAAGUUUGGUGCUGGAGGAGCAGGAGCCCUGGGAGGGCUGGUGCCAGGUGCUGGAGGUGUAGUACCCGGUGUACCAGGUGCUAGAGGGGUGCCAGCUCCUGGGACCCCAGCUGCUGCAGCCGCUGCAGCAGCCGCUAAAGCCGCCCAGUUCGGGUUAGGCCCCGGCGCUGGCGUGGUUCCCGGCGUUGGCAUUGGCCCCGGCGCUGGUGUGGUUCCCGGCAUUGGCCUUGGCCCCGGCGGUGUUACAGGAGUAGGGACGCCAGCUGCAGCCAAAUCUGCUGCUAAGGUGGCCGCCAAAGCUCAGCUCCAGGCUGUUGGGAGCAUUAGAUGA